AUGGGUGUCCCGAAGUUCUUCCGCUGGAUCUCUGAGAGGUAUCCCCUCACCUCGCAGCUGAUCACGCCUAACUCGAUCCCAACAUUUGACAACCUCUACCUUGACAUGAAUGGUAUCAUCCACAACUGCUCCCAUCCCCCAUCAUCCGAGAACGACCCGCACUUCCGCAUCACCGAGGAGCAGAUGAUCCUAGCAAUCUUCCAGUACAUCGACUUCCUCUUUACCAAGAUCAAGCCCCAGAAGGUCUUCUUCAUGGCGAUUGACGGCGUUGCGCCUCGUGCCAAGAUGAACCAGCAGCGCUCCCGUCGCUUCCGCACCGCGCGUGACGCGCGCGAGCAACGUGAAGCCGCUGAGCGCAAGGGAGAACAGCUCCCGGAGGAGAAGGCGUUCGACUCGAACUGUAUCACCCCUGGCACGCCAUUUAUGGCUAGACUGUCCGACCACCUCAAGUACUACGUUCGUAAACGUAUGUCCGAGGACGCCGAAUGGCGCGGUGUCCAGGUCAUCCUCAGUGGGCAUGAUGUUCCCGGAGAGGGAGAACACAAGAUCCAAGAGUACAUCCGCAUGAGCAAGGCUCAGCCGGGCUACAAUCCCAACACACGUCACUGUCUCUACGGCCUCGAUGCCGACCUCGUCAUGCUGGGCCUCCUCAGCCAUGACCCCCACUUCUGCCUCCUCCGUGAGGAGGUCACAUUCGGCCGCAAGGUCAAGAAGAGCUCGACCCUCCAGAACUCCAACAUGUUCCUCCUGCACUUGUCGCUGGUGCGCGAGUACCUCGACCUCGAGUUUGCAUCUGUCGCGACGCAAAUCUCGUUCAAGUACGACCUCGAGCGCAUCAUUGACGACUGGAUCCUGAUGGGCUUCUUUGUCGGAAACGACUUCUUACCACAUCUUCCAGGCCUCCACAUCAACGAGGGUGGGCUGGAAUACAUCUGGAAGGUCUACAAGGAGGUGCUCCCCGUGGCUGGCGGCUACAUCAACGAGCACGGCACUAUCAACCUCCCCCGCCUGCAGCUGCUGCUCGACAAGUUAACCAACUAUGAGCGCGACACGUUUGCCGAGCAGUUCGCCAGCGCGUCAUGGCACAAGGGCAAGCAGGAGAAGGACGUGGCUGCCCUCGAGAAGGCUCGCAAGCGCGGCAAGCUCAUAAUCACCAAGAGUCAGAACAAGCUCCUCGACCAGGUCAAGACCUUUGUCAAGAAGCACCAGAGCCACCCCACAGCAGAGGACCGCUUCACGCUUGUCAACGAGCUCGACGAGCGCGACCGCUCGUUCGUCCAGAGCCUUGCGGACGACCUACACCUGCGAUGCACGUGGGACGAGGUCGACGAUUACGGGCAGCCGCUCAUCGUCCUUAGUUUCAAUGUCGACGCGUUGAGUGAGCCAGGCGAGGGCGACGAGGUCGAGGAGGAAUGGGAGUCCGACGAGGAUACGGAGAGUGCGAUGGCUAUCCAGCGUGUGCUCGACAAGUUUGCCAAAGCUAAGAUCGUCGACGACGACUUGGAGGACGCCGGGCAGUCGUUCGAGGAGAAGAUGGACGAGAAGAUUGAAGAGUGGAAACGCGGCUACUACAAGGAGAAACUCAACAUCAACUGGAAUGACCCCGAGUCGCUCCACCCCAUCUUGUACCGCUACGUCGAGGGCCUCCAGUGGGUCAUCAGUUACUACUACAAGGGUGUUCCCGCUUGGGGCUGGUUCUACGACUACCACUACGCGCCCAUGAUCUCCGACCUCAAGAACAUUGCGAGUUUCCAGUUCAACUUGGAGUUGGGCACGCCUUUCAAGCCCUUCCAGCAGCUCAUGGGCGUUCUGCCCGCCGACUCGCAGGACCACGUCCCGCAGGCGUACCGGGACCUGAUGAACGACGAGACCUCGCCGAUCUACGACUUCUACCCGCGUGCGUUCGACCUCGACAUGAACGGGAAGAAGCAAGACUGGGAGGCCGUCGUCAAGAUUCCAUUCAUUGACGAGUCACGUCUCCUCAAGGCGAUGGCUGCCCGCGACCACCGCCUUACGCCCGAGGAGAAGCGCCGCAACGAGGGCAACGAGCGCCCGACCUCGUUCGUGUAUGACCCGGAGAACGAGACGCACUACCCCUCCUCACUCCCAGGCUUCUUCCCUGAUCUCGUGGCUUGCCAUGUGGCCGUCAACCAGUUCAUCCUGCCAACAUUGGGGGAGGACGCCGAGCUCAAGCUGGGCCUCAUUGAUGGCGUCCUCCUCGGUGCUUCAGCACUCUUUGGCUUCCCCUCGCUCGCAACCCUCCCCUACCAGGGCUCGCUGGGCUACCAAAGCGUCCACGUGUUCAACCAGGACAGUCGAAACCAGUCGAUGGUCAUCACUAUCACGAAGAAGUCCGACAGCCGCAACACUGGCGAGAUUGCGAAGACUAUUCUCGGACAGCGCGCGUUCCACGACUGGCCAUACUUGCGCGAGGGCAUCGUUGCCGGCAUCGCUGAUGACAUGUUCAAGUACGAGCUGCAGUCGAACGCCGACGGCUCGACCAAGAUCGUGUCCAAGCCCCACCAGGCUAUGGACACGAUCAAGUGGAAGAAGGACGGCGACAAGAUUGAAGACUAUUACUCGAAGCGCUGCGGCGUUAUCAUCGGGAACGUGGACGUUGUCGUUUACGUCCGGCCCCUCAAGGGUCUCAAGCGUGUCGACACGGGCGCUCUUGUCAAGGACUACGAGGGUGCGGACAAGGAGAUCCCUCAGGCCGUACAGAUGCUCGUCAACCAGGUUGCUUACGAGGACGAGCGUUAUAUUGAGAAGGACGCUCCCCCUAUCGCGCAGGAGUUCCCCGUCGGAGAGAAGGUCAUCUUCCUCGGUGCGCUCGCGUAUGGCGGUGCUGCGCAGGUCGCCGGCACGAACGGCGACACACUGGACGUCGCACUGUCUUACUUCCAGAGCGACAAGCAGGAGACUGCGUUGUUCAAGGGGUUAGUCGACUCACGCCCAUCUGGUUACUGGUACCCGUCUCACGUGCUUUCCCGACAGUUGGGCAUGAGCGGUCUUGCGCUCUCGCGCAUUACGUCGUCCCUUAUGGUUGCUCCAGAGAAGGGCACGCAGAAGUUCAACAUUGGCCUGCAGCUCAAGUUCGAGUCCAAGGGCAUGAAGGUGCUCGGCUACUCGCGCAAGGUUGAUAGGGGAUGGGAGUUCUCGGCCAAGGCCGCUCAACUCAUCCACUCGUACAAGCUGGCGUUCCCCGAGCCGUUCCGUCACUUUGACAAGCGCGGCCACGACAUUGUGACGUCGGCCGAGCUGUGUCCGUCGUCUGACAACCCGGACGAGGUGAUAAAGGCCAUGCGUCAGUGGAUCAAGGAUCACGGGAUUCUCGACUUGGACCCCGUGUCGCUCAACUCGGAGGCCCUUGACCAGGACACGGUCAUGCAGCUUGAGGCGAUGGGCGACCGUUUAAAGGAGCGCAAGUCCAUGGACCAGCUGAGGCGCGCGCAGGUCAAGGGUAUCCCGCGCCAGGCGGUGCUCAAGCCCUCGCACGCCAUCUACCGUCUGAUUGGACAAACGUUCGCCCUUGGUGACCGUGUCGUCAUGGUCCAGGAUGCCGCUGCUGGCGGCGUGCCUCUCGCCAUGAAGGGCGUUGUCGUGGGUCUUGGCAUGAGAGACAUUGACGUCGUUUGGGACGUGCCGUUCAUGGGCGGCGAGACGCUUGGUGGCCGGUGCUCCAACUACCGUGGUUCGACAGUGUCCUUCGCGGCAUGCCUCAACCUCACCAACCCGCAGUUCGCUGUCGGCCCCAAGGCCCAGCCUGCGCCAUUGGGCAACGCUGCGCCAUUCAAGCCACAGAUCGGCCCACGUCCAGCUGUUGCUCCCAACAACUACCAGCCGUCGCGCCCUGGCCGCAACCCAGUCAUCAUUCAGAAUCCUGCUCGGCACGGUCAGCCGUCCAACGGCAACCUGCACUUUGGCAACGCGGCCAAGGGCAUUGGGACGCCGGCUGCGCAGCAGCAGGUGUCGCACCACGUUCGCUUGACGUCGGCGCUCAAGGGCGGCGCUCCUCGGCAACACAUUGCUAAGGGUCCGCAUAUCAGGCCGGUGUCACCAACGACGCGUCACCACCAGCUGCCCAAACCCCUGUCGCCCGCGACAACGCUGCAAGAAUUGAUGCCGCCGCUUCCGCCUGCGUCUGCGGGUCGAUGCCCCAAGGCCAAGCCCAAGCCCAAGCCCAAGCCCAAGCCCAAGCCCAAGCCCAAGCCCAAGCCCAAGCCCAAGCCCAAGCCCAAGCCCAAGCCCAAGCCCAAGCCCAAGCCCAAGCCCAAGCCCAAGCCCAAGCCCAAGCCCAAGCCCCACAGGGUCAUUACGGUCAAGGCCACGGGCAGAACCACGGUGGGCAAGGCCACGGCUACCGCGGCCGAGGCCGUGGUCGUGGCGGCGCCUACACUGGGCAGCAAGGUGCUCCACACCCUGUUGCGCCGCAAGACGGUGCUCCUGCUCCCGCGGGCAACUCUCCCUACCGCGCCAGCGCUACUCACAACCACCAUGUCCUCAAACGACGAGGUCGACGGCUGGAUCGCCCAGCUCAUGCAAUGCAAGCCCCUCUCCGAGACAGAGGUCAAGAAGCUCUGUGACAAGGCCCGCGAGGUCCUCAUGGAGGAGUCCAACGUCCAACCUGUCCGGUGCCCCGUGACGGUGUGUGGCGACAUCCACGGCCAGUUUCACGACCUCUCCGAGCUCUUCCGCAUCGGCGGUAACUCGCCCGACACCAACUACCUGUUCAUGGGCGACUACGUCGACCGUGGCUACUACUCGGUUGAGACUGUGACUCUCCUUGUCGGUCUCAAGCUGCGCUACCGUGACCGUGUGACGAUCCUACGCGGCAACCACGAGUCGCGCCAGAUCACCCAGGUUUACGGCUUCUACGACGAGUGCCUGCGCAAGUACGGCAACGCCAACGUCUGGAAGUACUUUACCGACCUCUUCGACUACCUGCCCCUCACGGCACUCAUCGACAACCAGAUCUUCUGUCUGCACGGCGGUCUCUCCCCCUCGAUUGACACUCUCGACCACAUCCGCUCGAUCGACCGUAUCCAGGAGGUUCCACACGAGGGGCCGAUGUGCGACCUUCUCUGGUCUGACCCCGACGACCGCUGCGGCUGGGGCAUCUCGCCCCGUGGUGCAGGUUACACCUUUGGACAGGACAUCUCGGAGGCGUUCAACCACAACAACGGCCUCACGCUCGUCGCGCGUGCGCACCAGCUCGUCAUGGAGGGCUUCUCGUGGUCGCAGGAGCGCAACGUCGUCACCAUUUUCUCGGCGCCCAACUACUGCUACCGCUGCGGUAACCAGGCGGCCAUCCUCGAGGUCGACGACGCGCUCAAGUACACGUUCUUACAGUUUGACCCCGCGCCGCGCGCUGGCGAGCCGCUCGUCUCGCGCCGGCCUCCAGACUACUUCUUGUAG